AUGCUAGCGCUUCUGCCUGUUUUGGAUGGUUCUGGUGAUGCUGGUACUGGUGGUGCUGGUGCUGGUGGUGGUGCUGGUGUUGGUGCUGGUGACUUUGCUGGUGCCUGUGCUUGUGCCUGUACUAGUGCUAGAGCUGGUGCUGGUUUUCGUGUUGCUGUUGUUGUUUGUGCUGGUGUUUGUAACAGUACUGGUUCUGGUGCUGGUGCCUGUGCUGGUGUCUGUGCUGGUGCCUGUGAUGGUGCCUGUACUGGUGCCAGUGCUGGUGCUGGUGCAAGUGAUAGUGCUAGACCCCGUGAAUGUGCUGGUGCUGGUGCUGAUGCUGAUUCCUUUACUAGUGCUAGAGCUAAUGGUGGUGCUUGCGCUGGUGGUGGUGCUGGUGCUUGUGAUGGUUCUGGUGAUGCUGGUACUGGUGGUGCUGGUGCUGGUGGUGGUGCUGGUGUUGGUGCUGGUGACUUUGCUGGUGCCUGUGCUUGUGCCUGUACUAGUGCUAGAGCUGGUGCUGGUUUUCGUGUUGCUGUUGUUGUUUGUGCUGGUGUUUGUAACAGUACUGGUUCUGGUGCUGGUGCCUGUGCUGGUGUCUGUGCUGGUGCCUGUGAUGGUGCCUGUACUGGUGCCAGUGCUGGUGCUGGUGCAAGUGAUAGUGCUAGACCCCGUGAAUGUGCUGGUGCUGGUGCUGAUGCUGAUUCCUUUACUAGUGCUAGAGCUAAUGGUGGUGCUUGCGCUGGUGGUGGUGCUGGUGCUUGUGCUUGA